CGGGUCAGUGGGGAAGGCUGUCCGCUCGCUGGGCGCCGCUGCGAAUUUGGUAAAUGGGAGGUGACGCUGGUGACCGAGAGCCGGGGCCCGCUGCCAGGAGCCUGGGCGAGGGCCAGGCUGGCUUUGCUACAGCUGACCACUCCAGUCAGGAGAGAGAGACUGAGAAGGCUAUGGAUCGACUAGCCCGUGGAGCACAGAGCAUCCCUAAUGACAGUCCUGCUCGGGGUGAGGGCACCCAUUCUGAAGAGGAAGGUUUUGCCAUGGAUGAGGAGGACUCUGAUGGAGAACUGAAUACCUGGGAGCUGUCAGAAGGGACAAACUGUCCACCCAAGGAACAGCCUGGUGAUAUUUUUAAUGAGGACUGGGACUUGGAGUUGAAAGCAGAUCAAGGGAAUCCAUAUGAUGCUGACGACAUCCAGGAGAGCAUUUCUCAAGAGCUCAAACCUUGGGUGUGCUGUGCCCCACAAGGAGACAUGAUCUAUGACCCCAGCUGGCACCAUCCGCCUCCACUGAUACCCCAUUAUUCCAAGAUGGUCUUUGAAACAGGACAGUUUGACGAUGCUGAAGAUUGAGUGUGGAGCUUUCUGCCUUGUAGGUGGGCGGGCCUCCACGUCAAGAUCUCUUUUCCUGUCUUGGAGGUGAAAAGUCGUAUCUGAGAAAACGUUCUCAGUGACCCCUAGUCUGCAGUACACAGACUAGUUCUUUAUUGAACAGUGUUCAAUAAGGCCCCGUCGUUCUCCCCAGUCUGUUGUUGUUACUAAUGGGCUCCUCCUUGGAAUGUGUAUGUUUGUGUCAAGAGGAGUUGUGUUCUUUGUAAAUAAAGGUUAAAAAAAGAAAC